GUCACCAUGACGUCAUGACGCAGACGUCGUUUUGCAGCGGACGUUCAAAUGGAAAGCAAAACACAAAGCACGUUUAGCUAACAUUCAUGGAAAGAAGAACAUAUUCACAAAGCUGAAGCGUCUUGUUGGUUAACAAUAGGGUCGACAUAAUGUCUGUGGCUGAGCCUAUCAUCUCGUCGCGACAGACGCAGAAAGAUGUCAACGGGGUCGCUACGCAAGUAGUCUGCACAGGGUUCAGUAAUUACAUAUUUAUUGUCAUAACCCAGUACGGCAAGAUCGGAACACUUGUUUCCCUCACCCCCGAGUCCAGAUGUGAGGAUUUCAGCACUCCGAUGUAUUCCACCAAAGUGCUGCUUGGAAAGGACGAGCCAAUGACACAUGUGUGUGGCAAAAACUUGGGAGCGUUUGUGUCACAAGAAGCCGGCAACAAGCCCGUCUUAAUGGGACUAGCACUGAAGGACUCCUCUGUAGAUUCAAUCAAGCAGAUAAAAGAACUCAUCAAAAGUUGUCAAGUUUGGUAGGAAGUCUGCAAAAAAAAAAAAAAAAAAUGGACAGGGCAAUGCCCCACGACAUCCCUUUGGUUUUUCUUCAUGUUGAAUUGAGUGUUGUCAUUAGCCAUUUGUAAUGAUUUAAGUUUUGAAGAAAAAAAAUCAUUCUCACUUGUUUUAUCAUUUACCAUGUGAAAAUAAUUCAUCAUACGAUUUUGCAAUGUAAAUAUCCUAUGUAUCUGAUAAAAGGAUA